GCCAACAUUCCAGACAGCACCUGUGACCUGCCAUAGGCAGCAGAUCCGACCAUUAGCACUCGUUCAUUCUUCUCUGUGUAACAAUUGGGAUAAUGGGCCAAUUCGGAGUACAAUGUAUUUCUGCUCCCUGGAUUGGGMUACGUUUUCCCGAMCCAUAUCUUGKGCCGGCUCCGUGGUGUWUUAAUCUACACAGGAAGACUGUCCGACCAGCUGUAAACAAGCGAGUCGGAUCUGCUSGCUACACCUGAAAAUAAUGCAAAGAAGUUKAGAGAUUUUUUUCGAAUAUAAAUGUUUGCUAAUUUAAACAAACAUUUUUCAAAUUCCUCAGAUUUUUCGUUAACACAAACUUAACCUUUAAAAAUAAUAUAGAUUUUUUUUGGUCUCGGUAGGCUGUUGGUGCCCAUGGUUACUGAAAAGUUUUGUUUACAUGUCAUUUUGGAGGAGGUAGACUUGACGGGCGGGCGGUCUGAAAAGCAACACACACGGCUAAACUAGCUAACAUCAUAUGCAGAGGAGAAUAUUAGCCAAAAUUGGCCAGAUAUAUCCCCCAACCAGCUUCCCUGGUGACAGCAGCACACAUCCCUGAGAGGAGUUCAGACGUCACAUGACGUCAGACCAGGAGUCGGCCGUCCCAGCUGAGCCUCCGGUGCUGCUAACGCGGGAGACGUGGUCACAUCACCUCGGUCUGGAGCGUCAACACCUGAUACAGUUCCUGGGUCAGAGGUCACUGCCUGUCACCACAGAGACGGGCACUGUGGGGCUUAGAGGUCAGACUGAAGAGCGUGGCAUGAUGGACAUGGUGUCAGAGCUGCUUGGGGAGGAAGUGGACCCCACCUUCUCGGGCCUCUACCCCUCUCCCUGGAUGCAUUUAGGGCCAGGGCUGCAAGAGGGCUGUGGAGGAUGGGCCCAGGGUAUGGUGCCCAGCCAGGGUGAAGGCGAGGAGGGCUAUAAGGAGGAGCAGCCCCCUAGAUCCAUGGCCUACACCACCUGCAGCACUCUGCUGCCCCAGGACUCUUGUCUCUGGGAAGGGCACCCUCACCACCAGCCUGAAUCCACCCCGGUCUCUGAGCUGAACCCAAAUGCUCAAGUAUGGGCCAAUCACACACUUAGCCUGGACCCCUCAGGCCUUGUCUACACUGACGCCCUCCAAUCAUGGCUGGCGGUGACCAGUCACCUUGACAACCAGGAAGGGUAUGAGCAGGGAUAUGACUUGGAGGAAGUGGGCGAGGCUCAGCUGGAACCGGGCGGUGUAGAAUUUCCGGUGGUCACCAUGGGAAACCCGUCAGCCAAUGGCCUGGUCCAGGACAGCUGUGUCUCAGAGGAGCUCAUGGAGCAGCUGAAGACCUCACUGAAGUCCUGUCUGUCACGGGAGAACCUGGCCAAUGACCUCUACCUCGUCUCCCAGAUGGACAGUGACCAGUACGUUCCCAUAGCAACGCUUGCCAACCUCGACCACAUCAAGAAGCUCAGCACGGACUUGGAGCUCAUCUCUGACGUUCUCAAGUCAUUGCCACUGGUGGAGGUGGCAGAAUGUGGGCAGAAGGUACGGCCAAAUCAGGGUCGCUGUAUCGUCAUCCUCCGAGAGGUCCCAGAGACCACACCCCCAGAGGAGGUAAAGGCUCUGUUUGCGUGUGAGAGCCUCCCCAGGAUCCAGAGCUGUGAGUUUGCCCAGAACGACAACUGGUUCAUCACCUUCCACAGUGAGGCUGACGCUCAACAGGCGUUCCAGUACCUAAGAGAGGAGGUAAGGACGUUCCAGGGGAAACCCAUCAAGGUGCGAAUCAAGGCCAAAGUGAUGGCAGUCACAUCUUACGCUCCAAAGAAUGGCUACAGGCCCAGCCCAUACUACGCCCAGCCCACUUUCCAGCAGCCCCUCCCACAGCUCUACACAAUGACCAAUCAGAGCUUGGCUGCGAUGGCCGUUUACACAGACCCUGUCAUGGUGAGGUGGACAUACACAUACACACAUACACACACGCAGGCAGGCACAAGCGUGCUCUCUCCCUGGUGUCAUUGUUUUUCUGUCCAACAGAUGGCGUCAUUCUCUGGCUUCAUGGACGGCUUCCCAGGAUGCCCCAGCUUCAAGCUAUCCCCCUCACACAGACACAGGGGGCAGCGAGACCAGAGGCGGUUGUCUGGCGACAGGGGGCCGGGCCUUCUGGAUGAUCCCCCCUUCUUCCCGGAGGGUGGACCAAUAGGAUGCGUCCCUGGCCCCCCCAGGCAGGGUCGGCCACGGUUACCAGGCAACAGGCAUAGGGACGGAGAGGGGGGUCGACGUGGAGGGAGAGGGGGGUCAGGGUCCUCCCCCAGCACUGACAGAGGAAGGAGAGGUCCCAUUGGUCAGAGGAGGAGAAGAGAUGACAAGUACUCUAGAGGGCCCCCGCGCUCCUUGUCUCCCAGUCUGGAACUCGGCCCCAAUAGCUUCCCCCCACUUCCCCUGGCUACAGCUUCUACAGCAACCAACAUCCACAAGGCAACCAGCAACCACAAGAGUCCAGUUAGAGGCAGCAGUACCAGCGAACCAACCACUGUGACAUCACAAGACCUCCAGCCUAUCACAGCAUUGCCUCAGAAAAUCCUCCCCCUAGAGAAGCUAAAGAAAACUGUAGCGUCUCCCAAGAGAACCACAGGAGCUCGUCCGACCGCGAAGGAACCGCCUCAGACCACAAAGGGGAACAGACCAGAAGCGGUGAGACGACUCACAGACUACAGAGACAAACUGGAGUCCAAGAAGCCAAGCUACGCUGAGAUCUGCCAGCGGAUACGAGCUAAUCAGAUGCUCACCGCAAAGGCUACUGACCACACCCCCUUGGGGACGGAGCUUGUUCCAGCCUAUCCUGCGCAGGCGCCUGACCCGGCCCAGUUAUCACGGUGACCAGAGUGAGAGAGUUACUUUGGGUUGGGGAGYGAAGGAGAGAAGGGGAAGAAGUUCUUCAAGCCAAAGAAAAAACUAGAAAAGUUGUAGCACUGUUGUUUCUCUCUGCUGUCUGUUCGUCUGACUUGACGGACCUUUCUGACUUUCUGAAAUCUUUAUGUUUUGAUAUUGAUUGAUUUCUUUUGAUUAAUAUUGAUCAGUAUUUAGAGGAUUGGAAAUCAGAUUUCUGUAUUAAUUCCUUAGUCUAAAUAACUUAAUCGGAACAUUUACAGUAACUACGAACAGCCAGACACUGAGUGACAAGAGGCUAAAGCACUGAUAUCAUAUAACAUUUUGUUUCUGCAUGAGUUUUAGAUGUCAUUUAUUUUAUGUUAGAUGGAAUUCCUUUUGUGUUGACUGGGGGAGGGGGAGUCUCUUACAGACAGACGUUAGAAGAGGAACAACUCUGGUCGAUAUUGAUAAGUUUGCAUACAGAUACAACAUUGUUAGAGUUACUUGAGUUAACAACUUGAUUUGGAAUCAGGGGUGGUGGGAGGUAAAUCGUUUUCAGUUCAGAUUCCCUGUGUUUAAGAUAGAUUCAGUUUGUAAAUGUGGGUAUUAGAUUGAGGCAUGAUUUAAAAAGGUGCAUUUUUUUUCUGUACAGAUGUAAAUAUUUUGACUGUUAUUAAACAAUUGCCUUAAUAAUAAACAGUAAACAUAUA